CUCGGGCGCAGGCCUCCGGGUCGCCGCCGCCCUCCGGGCGUGGAGCCGGCUCGGACUCCGAGCGGCAGAGAGCCUCAUGCACAGCAGUCUCCGGACGCGGCCACGCAGGACCGAAAGAGAACAUGGUUCUUCCUGGCACGUGAGGAAGGAGAGUUUACGUCUGUGUGGGAUGGUCCCUUCCACAGCGGCACCGGGGAGUGGGGAAGAGUGUAGACCGCAGCACUGAGUGAGAGCAGCGUGCCGUCUGUCUCCAGGUGGUCAGGAUGGGCCCCAUGGGCAAACAGAGCCCGUCCUCCCUGCCGGUCCCCACGGGAGGGUCUUGCCUCCUCCUCCUCUUCUGCCUGCGGUUGGGUGCCUCUUGCCCGCAGAGCUGCCAGUGCCCUGACCAUGCCGGGGCCGUGGCCGUCCAUUGCAGUGGGAGGGGCCUGCAGGAGAUCCCCAAGGACAUCCCCACUGACGCUGUGCUCCUGAAGCUUGACGCCAACAAGAUCGCCCGCAUCCCCAACGGAGCCUUCCAGCACCUGAACCAGCUGAGAGAGCUGGACUUGUCUCAGAACACCAUCGAGACCAUCGGCCCCGCCGCCUUCUCGGGCCUGGCCGGGGGCCUGCGGCUGCUGGACCUGUCUCACAAUCGCAUCCGCAGGAUUCCUAAGGACGCGCUGGGCAAGCUCAGCGCCAAGAUACGCCUGUCCCACAACCCCCUGCACUGCGAGUGCGCCCUGCAGGAGGCCCUGUGGGAGCUGAAGCUGGACCCUGACUCGGUGGACGAGAUCGCCUGCCACACCUCGGUGCAGGAGGAAUACGUGGGGAAGCCGCUGAUCCAGGCUCUCGACUCUGGCGUCAGCUUCUGCAGCGUCCACCACAAGACCACCGAUGUGGCCAUGCUGGUCACCAUGUUCGGCUGGUUCACCAUGGUGAUCACCUACGUCGUGUACUACGUGCGCCAGAACCAGGAGGACGCCAGGAGGCACCUGGAGUACCUGAAGUCCCUGCCCAGCACUCCUGUGUCCAAGGACCCCAUCAGCCCUGCGCCCUAGUGCCCCAUGGCUCGAGCAGGCCGAGGCCCACCUGGCUCCCGUCACUCUUGUAGCAGAUGGUGACUGAGUCCCGCCUUUGAUGUUCCCCCAGUGAGGCGGUGACACGGCUGCUUCUGUCCAGUGCUUCACUCUUACAGAGCUCUUUCCAUAGGGCAUGUAGUUGCUGCAACACCUUCAGGGCAGGCAAUUCUACCAUCAGACCCACUGACAGAUGGGGACACGGGCUCAGAGAAAUGGAAGGUCGCGGACAGGAAGUGAUCCAGCUGGGAUGUAAAACCAGGCCGUCCAUCCUGAUAUGUCCCUUCGGCUCUGGGAGCCUGUCCCACGGGGCGCCCGUAGGGUGAACUAGCAUUCAGAGAAGAAAGGGUGCGUGCCCAUGAGCGACGCUCCCCGAGGAGGUUGGGUGCAUUUUGUUGGUUGUAGGCACAGGUCGUCCUACCCCGUGGAACUGGUUUGCCUUUGCUUCCCCAGUAUUUCCUGAACACCUCUGACCGCAGGGCUCUUUCCACAGCCAAGUGGUAGAGACCGGAUUUUUCUCGGGAGAUAAGUGGAACAUGUAACCUUUGAACAACUUUGUCAACUUUGUUUAUUCUCAGAAUGUUUGUUAAGAGUAACACUUGUACCAAAAUUUCAGUCCAGUGAGAAGGGAAAAAAGAAAUAACAACCCAAAACCAAGAAAAUUAAACCAUGGAGAGAAACCUGAGGA